AACUGCAAAACACAUGCCAUCGUCACAUAGUAAUACAUUGUAUUGAUAAUUCUGUGCAGCACAUGGGCCGGCCGAGGCACAAACAGCAGUGCCUUUCAAUAUCCGUUUUAAAACUCCUCAAACCUCAGUCUGAAUCCCACAGGAAACUCACAAGUGUUCAUCCAGUGUUUGCUAUGGUGAUCAUCACGAUUGCUUAUGUACGAUACAAUAAAAUCCCACCUAAAACAUCCAUAAAUCAGCUAUGGUAUUGGAAUAGAAAGCAAGCGUAUUGCAUUGUGGCGUCAAAUUUUGCACGUGCAAAAAAUGCCGCUGCAAUUAAAAAAUAAAUCUAGUUUACAUUGUAUUUAUUCUGAGGUGUUUCUCUCAGUAUGCCUCAAUCAGACACGGCGUCUCCACUAUAGAUAGCUGCAGUGUUUUUUAUGUAACUAAAGUCAGAAUACUUGAACUAUCUUGUGUAAAGAUAUUGCAGUGAAGGUGUAGCGUUGUGUUUUGUAGGAGUUUUAUUUUUCUCUAGUUUGUGUCAAAUACUUAAUAAAAUGUUUUCAAGCAGCCUGUUUGUGUUUAUAUACUGUUGAUGCUGCAUUUCAUGCAUUAGAUGAUCUUGAAGGGGUGGUUGAUUAUGAUUUCACUUUUUUAACUUUAGUUAGUGUGUAAUGUUGCUGUUUGAGCAUAAACAACAUCUGCAAAGUUACAACGCUCAAAGUUCAAUGCAAAGGGAGAUAUUUUCUCUUUUUAAGGACUUCAACAAACGGCUGGUAGGGACUACAACGGGCUUCUUCCCGGGUUGGUGACAUCACUAAGCUAAAAUUUACAUAAACCCCGCCCCCGAGAACACGCAACAAAGGGGUGCGAGGCCAUGUUGGGCUGCUUUAGAGAAGAGGAAGAGUUGUUGUAGUAGAGUGUUGUUGCCACGCCGGACUGCUUCACAAACGAGGGUCAAUUCAACGCUGGAUUUGCACAAAAGAUUAACAUGAUGGCACAUGCUAGUGGAUGAGUUGAAUCAACUCCACAGCAACUACAUAAAUUUAUCCUCUAACCAUUCAGAAACGUCUAAAAGUUGUAACUUCUUCCUGAGUCUCUCCAUCAGUGUCGACUCCGGUUUGAACAAUGUAAGGCUGAACACCGUUACUGACAAUCCUCAUUUUGUCUGCGUGAGAUUCUCCAGCUUUGUUGUUGUUGAGCAACCGAAGCGUGAGCUGUUAAAGCUCCGCCCUCUUUUGGAAAGGGGGCCGGGAGCAGCAGCUCAUUUGCAUUUAAAGGGACACACACAAAAACGGCCUGUUUUUGCUCACACCCAAAUAGGGGCAAAUUUGACAAGCUAUAAUAAAUGACCUGUGGGGUAUUUUGAGCUGAAACUUCACAGACACAUUCUGGGGACACCAGAGACUUAUAUUACAUCUUGUGUUAAAAUCCCCCUGUAGUCAAUAAUUGUAUCCCUUAAAACUCAUCUUUGAUCACCAAAAUAACAUAUUUAAACGUUCUCCCAUUGAAAAAAAUGUCUUAAAAUAGCUUGAAUGUAACUACACCCUUGCUUCAUUUAGUAUACGCGGACUCAUGAAUAUGCUAAUUAGCCCCGCCUCCACUCACUCACACCAGAUCCACUCGGUCAACUUACUGAGGUAAACGCUGCACAAUCGAAUCACUCUUUACAACGUCGAACAUAUAAAGGUAAUUAAUACGAUUAGCCUUUUGUUUGAUUACUUUAUCAAAAAGCUAAUAAUGUGAACUUGCUUAUGUUCCCGUUGUCCACCUCAGAGUCAGACAGCUGCCAUCUAACAAUCAGUAUCCUUAGAAACGCUUUGAACACGUCUGAACGUCAGUGGAGAAAGUUCAUUAUAACAUCGUAAUCUACAUCAUACACCCACCCGAUUUUUAAUAUCAACAGAAAAAUAAACCGGGAUAUUAUAACCUGGCUUCUCUUGAGACUCCACUGCUUCAGAUCGGUCAUAGUUAAUGAUAUGCUAAAGCCCGCCGGCACGUGUGACGUAACAGUUUGUGACGUAAGAUACGCCAGCGAUUUCAAACCAUGUUUUUGAAACUGUCUUUAGAUCACUGCAGUUUUAAAGAGAAAAUGGCCAGCAGUAGUGUUGACUUAUGAAUUUACACUUGGUUAGUCAUAAAACAUAUUAAAAACACCACAUAGACUUAUAAACAACAUUAAAAACUUGAUUUUCACCACAGUACAGAUUACUAACUGUGUUACUGACUCUGCAUCGCUCUGAAGUACAUAAUGCUUGGUUCAGUAAUCAGCUGUUUCUUUAUGUGUCUCACUUCGAUCUACUCCUACAACAGAAAUAUGAAUCUUUCCAUUGGCUCACACUGUUGACCCGUCACUGUUUGUAAAGGUGUUGCGUAAAGCUCUGAUAUGAUAACCUCAGGGGCGAUUAUGAGUGCACUGAGUGCAACUACAGUGAAUUAUCACGGAUCCCAGGCAACAGACUCUGUCAUGUGACUUUCUGCAGUCAUACAGGAAGUGUUGAGAGAGGAGCAGCGCUUCAGUCAUCAUUCUCUACAUCACAUUUAUGUAAAUCUUCUGCCAUCAGAUGUGUGUUGAUCACCAUGGCAUCGCUGCUCUGCACCCUACAGGACCAUCGUGAUGACGUGAACUGCUGCGCGCUCUCUGACCGUUUUCUGGCCUCGUGCUCAGGAGACAAAACCGUCCGCGUGUACUCUUGUGAGGACUUCAGCGAGCUGCGCUUCUCUCCUCUGCGCGCGCACGCUUACGGCGUUCACUGCUGCUGCUUCAGCAGUUGCGGCCGUUAUCUGGCGUCGUGCUCCACGGACGCGCGCACUAUAAUAUGGAGCACGUCUACAGGCGCAGCGGUGGCCGCACUGGAGCAUCCAGCGCGCGCUCCGGUUCGAGUUUGCGCAUUCUCUCCUGACGCGCGCUGCCUGCUGUCCGGCGCGUCUGACGGGACUGUGGCGAUCUGGGAUGUGACGGCAAAGACGCUACAAAGAUGUGCUAAAGUCAGUGAGGGCACCGUCCUGGCCUGCUGUUUCUCCCCGUGCGGACAGAUGUUUGUCACGGGCUCCACUCUGGGAGAACUUCACCUCUGGACGCGGUCUGUGGGGCCUUUACACACGCAGAGAGAAGCGCAUGAUCUAGGAGUCAACUGCUGCCAGUUCUCCCCUCAGAUGAGCAUCGAUGGCCAGACAAUCAAAUUUCGAUUGGCCUCUGGUGGGCAGGAUAACCAACUGAGGAUAUGGAUUAUUUCCCAGCAUGCAACAACAGGUUAUGAGAUGUCGUUGCUGUACAAUCUCACUGCUCAGUCUGCUCCGGUCCUCUCCUGUGCGUUCUCAUUUGAUGGACAGCUGCUCGUCUCAGGGUCUGUUGAUAAAACAGUGACGGUAUAUGACGCGAAUCAUGGAGAACUUCUACACACUCUGACGCAGCAUGACAGAUAUGUGACUGCAUGUGCGUUCUCUCCCUGCGUGUUGAUGUUUGCAUCUGGCUCUAUGGAUAAGACGGUGAAUAUCUGGAGGAUUGGAGAUGGAAAUGCUCAAGCAUCUGAACCAUUGAAAACGUCAGUCCAAGGAAGCAAGCCGCUGGGUUACUCCAGAACGCUGGUCAGCGAUUGGUCAGAGGAGGAUGUGUGCGAGUGGCUCCGUGACGAAGGAUUUGAAGCUUUGGUGGACAUAUUUAGGGCCCACAACAUUGACGGGGCCGAACUAAUGACCUUAAACAUGGAGACACUGACCACUGCAUUUAACAUUGAGUCGGUGGGUCUCCGGGGUCGAGUCAUAAGGAAGAUCAAGGAUCUGAGAUCUUCACUGCUGGACUCUGACAGUCCAGAUGAGUUCCUCUGUCCGAUCACCAGAGAGCUCAUGAAGGACCCCGUCAUCGCUGCAGAUGGAUAUUCCUAUGAAAGGGAGGCGAUCGAGAGCUGGAUCAACACUCCCAAUCGCUCAAGCCCAAUGACCAACCUGCCGUUACAAACCACUAUACUGACCGCCAACAGAAGCUUGAAGAUGGCCAUACAGCGCUGGAAGUCCAGCCAGUGACCUCAGUUUGCUUUGUGUAAAUGUGACCGAUUUUCUUUAAUAGAUAGAAAAGGUUUCGUCUUAAUUCUGAUUCAAUUUUUCGAUAAGACCAGUUUAUCUGUUUGUUCAUGUGACGUUCGCCUAUUUACACUGUUUUGACCAUAGACAUAAUAAAUACAUAUAUAUAUAUAUGGCGUCACCCGCGUGUGGCGUUUCAAAUCAUUUUGUGAAGCAAUUGGUUCAAAGUUUUGAAAAGCUUAGUUUCUUCCGUCACUACCUAUAAUAAUCUAUGAACAGACGUUCUCCUACAACUUCGAGCAGCUGUGCGGCUUAAUUUUGCUUAGUUCAUGUUCAUAUUUCCACAGUGCUGAACUCACAAGAAAAGAGGCAUUACUGUAUUUGACUAGUUUAUACAGCUCUCGUCACCGCUGUGCUUUCUGUAUGACGGGCAACAAUGGCGUGACUCAGUCGAGGGUCAUUUGAGGUGUUCAGGUUGAACAGACAGUGCUGAAGUCAAGCUAAUGUACCUUGAUUUGAAUAGAGCCAUUAGAUGGAGGUCAGAACAUUUAACUGCACAAAUACAAUGCAUUUUGACUCAAAAUUGCACAUGAACAGAACAUUGCAGAGCAUUCUGGGAAAAGCUUUUACCAAAUAAUUCCACACAUAUUUGCAGUUUUUCAUUUUCUUCUUCAUACUAACAUAAAGCAAACCCUCUGAAUAAUAUGAUACACGACCAACUCCUGAAUUUGUUUCUCAUGCCAUUAAAAGCCUUAUGAUUGCUGCUUAAAUGUGUCAAAUUAGCUUUGCAGAGAAAUAUAAAUUUUGCCUACAAGUUUGUAUUUCGCUUUUCGCUUUAUCACACACAGUUUCUGCCAAUCUCAUGUUAAUCUUGAGUACAUAUAGAGUAAUAUUGCAUCCUUCAUAUCUCCGAAAGUCUUUGGUUUUAUCAUAUUUAUAAAAGAUAGAUAUGCUGUACCGAGUCUUUCCGAAAAAAAGCCGAGCUCUUGGAGGCGUGUCUGCCGUCAGUGUCGUGGGCGGAGCUAAAGAGUCACAAGCACGCGCAGCUUUUGCAUCGAGAUCGUUUGGCACAGAAAUACUCCAACUCGUGUUUUGAAACUUUAGCCAUGUUUAGCAUGCGAAUGCAACUCUUGAACAGUGUAAAUAAGUCAGGAUGCAUGAAAUAGCAUUAAAUCAAGGGAACGAAUUAGUAAAUCGUGCGCACUCGGAUAUGCAUUGCUUACGUUGCACGAGUGCCCACUACUGGCGGAACUCGUGCAUAAGGUUUAAAUGAAACGCAUUAAGCCCUUGUUCACUUGGAAUUCACUAUGGAGAUGAUUUAUUAUUUAAACCCCUUCUGUACUUAUGAGUUUGUUUUAAGCAACAUUCUAUAUGUUGUUGGAGAAAAUAUAUAAAAUCCUAUAGAGCUGUUGAAGAAAAAUACAAUUACACAAAUGAAACAAAAUAUCAAUAGUAUAAACUUUGACUGUGAAUAUAAGGUAGCUACAGUUAUUAUGCGAUUAAAUCUCAACAUAAUAUAUUAUACACUAUUAUGCGAUUAAUUCUCAUAAUAAUCAAAAUAUAUUACAUUCUAGUUAAGUGCGAUCUACUGUGACGUCACAAUCAAGUUGAAUUGUGGGAUAUAGAGCUGCUUGAAGUCUACAUCAACAUACCCUGCGUUCCAUUCAGAAGGGCUCAUCCCUAUGCCCUAAUCCCUUCAAAGGCUUUACCCUCCGGAGUGUGAGCUUCGAAGGGAUGAAGGGUGUAGGGGUAAAAAAAAACCCUCCUUUUUUGGAAUGUACUUCUGCGUCAUCUUAAUGAGACAAUCAAGGAGUAGAUCGUAAAAGCUGCGCCUUUUGUUUAACGUUAGUUUAUUUAUUUUUGGUUUAUCGCACCAUAUUGUAUAUUGUCUAUGUAUUUGAAACAUUUGAAUGGACUGAUAAAGGGAGCUAAAGUAUUUUUGUCAUUUUGACCAUAAUAUUGUACCAAAUCUAACUCGUAUAAAUAUUACAGUAGUAUAGAAAAACACUAUACAUACAUUUAUAGGUAAAAUCGAACUCCGAGCCUCCUGUACCCAUUCUGUGACGACAAACAACUUCCCUGUGCAAAGGAUCAUGGAAGUGUCCAUCUGUUGUACCCUUCGAAAUCCUUCAUUCCGAAGGGCCCUUUGAAGUGGCCAGUUUUGAGCACUUCGGUUUGGAACAACCCUUCAAAAUGGCGGCCAUGAUUAAUUUCACUCCGAAGUGCCCUUUCGGAGGGCGAUAUAUCCCAUUUGGAACACAUCUCCAGUCAAAAUCGAGGGGACGAGGGUCUGUCCAUGAAUGCACUUCAAAAUGGCGGCAGGGAUUCCCCGAGGGGAAGUGCUUAGGGAAGUUCGCAAGUGCGUGUCUAAAACUGGAGUGGAACGCAGCCCAAAUGAGAGGAUUUGUGAAUGGCAGUGAAGCAACGCAACUGACGCUCACGAGUUUUUUAGCGGUCGUGAAGUAAUUAGUACCUACUUGAGAGUAUGAAAUUUCAGAGACAGUCUGUGUGUUAAAAUCUUUGCGUUUUGUUCAUGUGUAACGCAACAUUUUUUAUUUGCGUAUUUCUUUAAUUAUGUUUUUAAGUCUUAUCCUUCCUGUCCAAAUUCUGUGCACUGGAGUAUAACAUUUCACAGUAAUAAUAAAUACAUAUUUUUAUUUCCUAUAGAUAUAUAAUGGCAGAAAUGAAUACAGAAUGCAAUUACAGAUCGCAACUCAUGAGGAACCAAUUGCAGAAAUAAUAAUGUACAACACAUGUACCUAUAUAAACGUUUAUAUUUUUAAUUGUAUAUAUUUUUCUUCAAUUCUUUCAUAUUGACUUCAGCAUGCGAGCCACACUAAGAUUACCUCAAUAGUUUCAUAUUCAUAAAACAUUUCUGUUUCAUAUUUACUUGAAAGUAGCUGCACAAAAAAUAUAUUAACGUUUUAGUUUUGUGUGUAAUAUGUAAUAUUAAAUGUGGGCGAUUUUAAUAAGCAUGUGUCCAAACCGCUGCCUGCAUGAUUUGGACAAUAAUGUAUUUAUUUGUUUUCAUUUGCAUAUGUUUUUCUUUUCGUUUAAUCUAAACUAUCUUGUACAGCACAACACUUCACACAAUAAUAAAGAAGAAAUACUUUU